CGUUGGAUGGCAGCAGGCAGGAGGAGCCCCCGUUGAAAGAAAGAAACGCAAAGACACGGCUAAACGUAGUGAAAAUGUAAGCAGGAAAGCAUCUUUUUGUGGAAACGUUGUGUUCGCAAAUCAACGAAUGCGUCCAAAGUGAUCUCGGUUUGGAGAGACAAAGGUCUGGAGCAUCGAGAAGGAAUAGCCCACCGGCGACAGGAGGAAAGACAUACAAUGGAGCGUGUUAUUGGAGAGACGGGCCCUCCUUUGGCAGACUUUCAUCAGCUAAUGUAAUGGAAACAAUAUCGCCAGUCUUGCAUACAGCUGCAACGCAUCAACGGAAACAAGUCACGGACCUCCGGGGCUGGUCCGAGCUAACCCACGCGAUUUAAAGGGACGAUUUAUGCAGGGAUAACUCGGGAAGCGCGAGGUAUUCUGUUAUGACAUUCGCUAUGUCAAAGAGACAAACUUGGAUACGUAUCGCACUCGAGCCACGGAGGGAGCCAUGGGAAAAGUUCAUGGAAAAUCCAUGGUUUGAGCCCAAACAGUGACUGCUCACGGCUGCUGAGAAAACCUUACCCACCAGCACCGAGUUUUCUGUGCAGCCUCGCCUGAUUUCACUGAAGCGCUCGCUGAAACAGUCACUUUAAUUGUACUCAGAAACACUCGCGGACAGCUGCCGGUGGACUCUGGGAAAAGACACAUGUGGAGCAGCAGCCACCGCAAUGGAUACCUGUGUCGUUUGCAGCUGGCUCGCCCGGGGUUAGAAAUGUGGAGGGCAACCCAAGCCCCCCUAUGAGGAAUAGCCCGAAUAGCAGCAGCAGCAGCAGCAGUAGCUAUCUCACAAUGGCACAAACCAGUUUGCUGCAGGGGAAGCGCUUUUACUGCCGGGAGUGGGUCUUCCACAAGAUCCAGCAUUGCCUGCAGGAAAAGACUAACGGCCUGGGCAGCGUGCCGCCCGGCAGCACACCCGGCAAGCAGGCCGCCCCCUGCCCUGGUGGCGGCCCGCCCAACCCCAGCGGAGGUGGUCCUGGUGGUGGCGGGAGCACGGCAGCAGGAGGAGGCAAGGGCUCGGCCUGGGGCGUGCUGCUGGUGGGGGGUCCUGGCAGUGGGAAGACGGCCCUGUGCACGGAGCUGCUGUGGCCCAGCUCCCCCCAGGGCCUGCACCGGGGCCUGCACCAGCAGACGCUGGCCUUCCACUUCUGCCGGGCCGAGGACUCGGACACGCUGUGCGUGAGCGGCUUCAUCCGCGGCCUGGUGGCCCAGAUCUGCCGCGGCGGCCUGAUGCCGGGCUACGAGGAGAAGGUGCGCGAGCCGGCCGUGCAGAGCGCCCUGCAGCUGGGCGAGUGCGAACGCAACCCCACAGAGGCUUUCAAGAGGUGUGUGCUGCUGCCCCUGCUGAGCGCUAAGCCCCCGCCCCAGGCCCUCUUCCUGCUGGUGGACUCCAUAGACGAGGGCUGCCACCCGGGCGACAGCGAGCCGCGCUCCCCCGCCAGCAGCCCCCGGACCAUCGCCGAGCUCCUGGCCAGCCACCACGAGUUCCUGCCCCCCUGGCUCCUCCUCGUCUGCUCCGCACGCCGCCAGAACAAGGCCAUCACCAAACUCUUCACAGGAUUCCGCAAGAUCAGCCUGGACGACCUGCGCAAGGCCUACAUCGUCAAGGACGUGCAGCAGUACAUCCUUCACCGGCUGGACCAGGAGGAGGCCCUGCGGCAGCACCUCACCAAGGAGACGGCCGAGAUGCUCAACCAGCUGCACAUCAAGAGCAGCGGCUGCUUCCUCUACCUGGAGCGGGUGCUGGACGGCGUGGUGGAGAACUUCAUCAUGCUGCGGGAGAUCCGCGACAUCCCCGGCACCCUCAACGGCCUCUACCUGUGGCUCUGCCAGCGGCUGUUUGUCAGGAAACAGUUUGCCAAGGUGCAGCCCAUCCUGAACGUCAUGCUCGCCGCCUGCAGACCCCUCACCAUCAAGGAGCUCUAUCACGCCGUGUGGACUAAAAACAUGACGCUGACCAUGGAGGAGUUCCAGAAAAAGAUGGACAUCUUGGCGAAGCUUCUCGUGGAUGGACUUAACAACACCAAGAUCCUCUUUCACUACAGUUUUGCGGAGUGGCUGCUGGACGUGAAGCACUGUACGCAGAAGUACCUGUGCAACGCGGCCGAGGGACACCGAAUGAUGGCCAUGAGCUACACCUGCCGGGCCAAGCAGCUCAAGCCGCUGGAGGUGCAGGAGUUUGCCCUCCACCUGAUCAACUCCAACCUGCAGUUAGAACCCUUUAACCUCGCCCUGUGGAUGGUGUGGAACGGCACCCCUGCUAAAGACUCUCUGUCCACGUCUAUCCCCAAAGAGCAGGAGGUCCUGCAGCUGCUGGUCAAGGCAGGCGCUCACGUCAGCAACGAGGACGAUCACGCCUCGUGCAUCGUGCAGCAAGCCCUCGAAAGGGAAGACUCCAUCCGCACGCUGCUCGACAACGGGGCCUCGGUGAACCAAACCGACUCCAGCGGGCGAACGCUGUUGGCUAACGCUGCAUACAGCGGGAAUCUAGACGUGGUCAACCUGUUGAUUACCCGGCGGGCAAACAUGGAAGUCGUGGACAACCAUGGCCAGACACCUCUGACACUGGCCGCCAGACAAGGUCACACAAAGGUCGUCAACUGUCUCAUUGGCUUUGAGGCCAACAUCAACCACACUGACCAUGACGGCUGGACCGCCCUGAGAUCCGCUGCUUGGGGCGGCCACUCGGAAGUGGUCUCGGCUCUCCUCUACGCCGGUGCAAAAGUGGACUGCGCAGAUGCCGAUGGCAGAACGGCACUCAGAGCAGCGGCCUGGGGAGGCCACGAGGACAUCGUCCUCAACCUGCUCCAGCAUGGAGCCGAGGUCAACAAGGCAGACAAUGAAGGAAGGACGGCACUGAUCGCAGCCGCGUACAUGGGGCAUCGGGAGAUCGUAGAGCACCUGCUGGACCACGGGGCUGAGGUGAAUCACGAAGACGUGGACGGCAGGACCGCUCUGUCUGUCGCUGCGCUCUGUGUGCCCGCCAGCAAGGGCCACGCCUCAGUGGUCAGCCUGCUCAUAGACCGCGGGGCAGAGGUGGACCACUGUGACAAAGACUGCAUGACCCCUCUGCUUGUGGCUGCCUACGAAGGACACGUGGAUGUCGUUGACUUGCUUCUUGAAGGCGGGGCCGAUGUAGAUCACACAGACAACAAUGGCAGAACCCCACUGCUCGCUGCCGCCUCAAUGGGUCACGCGUCUGUGGUCAACACUCUGCUCUUCUGGGGCGCGGCUGUGGACAGCAUCGACAGUGAAGGAAGAACUGUGCUCAGCAUCGCGUCCGCUCAGGGUAACGUGGAAGUGGUCAGGACUCUGCUGGACAGAGGCUUGGACGAGAACCACAGGGACGACGCAGGCUGGACGCCCCUGCACAUGGCCUCUUUCGAGGGCCACCGACAAGUGUGUGACGCGCUCAUCGAGCAAGGCGCUCGGUGCUCAGAGGUCGACAACGACGGCCGGAUCCCCAUCAUACUGGCGGCGCAAGAAGGGCACUACGACUGUGUGCACAUACUGCUCGAAAACAAGUCCUGCAUUGACCAGCGAGGAUACGACGGGAGGAAUUCUCUACGCGUGGCCGCCCUGGAGGGUCACAGGGACAUUGUGGAGCUGCUGCUGAGUCACGGAGGUGAUAUAGACUACAAGGAUGCAGACGGCCGGCCGACGCUCUACAUUCUGGCACUUGAGAACCAGCUGGCGAUGGCGGAGUACUUCCUGGAAAAUGGCGCCAACGUGGAGGCCAGCGACACAGAAGGAAGAACAGCACUACACGUAUCAUGCUGGCAGGGACAUGUGGAGAUGGUGAGGAUGCUGGUCAACUACCAUGCCGACGUCAACGCCUGUGACAAUGAGAAGCGCUCUGCCCUGCAGUCCGCAGCGUGGCAGGGCCAUGCCAAGGUCGUCCAGUUCCUCAUCGACAACGGCACUCACGUCGACCACACCUGCAACCAGGGAGCCACAGCACUUGGGAUCGCCGCACAGGAGGGUCACAUCGACGUUGUCCAGAUCCUGCUGGAGCACGGUGCAGACCCCAACCACGCCGACCAGUUCGGACGCACAGCCAUGAGAGUGGCUGCCAAGGGUGGGCACACAAUGAUCAUCAAACUGCUGGAAAAGUACGGCGCCUCAAGCCUCAACGGCUGCAACCCCUCUCCGAUACACACCAUGGAGCAGAAGACGCCUCUCACCGUCUCUGGAAAAAUGCAGUCUCUCACCAUCAAGUCCAACAGUUCUGGGAGCACAGGGGCUGGUGACAUGCAGUCGUCGGUGCGUGGUCUACAGAACGGGCCCGUGCACGCCUUCAGCUCCCCCUCCGAGUCGCCAGACUCCACUGUCGACCGUCAGAAAUCAUCUCUGUCCAACAACUCCCUCAAAAGCUCCAAGAACUCCUCGCUGAGGACCACCUCGUCCACCGCAACUGCCCAGACCGUGCCCAUAGACAGCUUCCACGGGCUGACCUUCACCGAGCAGAUCCAGCAGCACUCUCUGCCUCGCAGCCGGAGCAGGCAGUCCAUCGUCUCCCCUUCGUCCACGACCAAGUCCAUAGGGCCGGGGCCCGGCUCCCCGACCGGCGAGUUCGACUGGGGCCACAUCAAGCCGGGCCUCAAGCAGAACAAAGGCAUGAAAAACAGCUCUUCUAACUGCUCCAACAAGAUGGGCUCAGGCGACAAGAAGAAGUCCAAGAACAGCGGCCCGGGUCAGGUUCUGGAGUACGAGAUGACCCAGUUCGACAAACGGAUCGCUCACCCCAUGUCCAACAUAGGCAUCAAGGAUCAGCAUUGUAAGGUGGUGGUUGGCGGCCCAAUGCUCGACUCGGGGCUGACUAAAGAACAGUAUUACAUCCAGCAGCAGAGCCUUGCAGAGAAAAAGCGGAACGGCAUCAUGACCAACCCCAAUUACCACCUGCAGGGCAACCAGGUGUUCCUGGGUAGGGUGUCUGUCCCCAGAACUGUUCAGGGCAGGGGCCACCAAGAUGUCUUGGACAAUUACCCCAUCGGGGAAACAGAGCUAAGCCUUAAACAAGCCCUGAAACUGCAGAUUGAAGGAUCAGACGCCGGGUACAACUACAAAAAGGAAACGCCAUUAUAACUGGUGAGUGAGGGCCUUGACAUUUGGUUUAAAGCAGAGAGAGAGGCACUCGAGAUUGUAGAGUGGUUGGCAUUCGCCUUGUAUUGGUCUAUGUCCCCAUGCAUUUUACACUGUCAUCCUAAUGGCCAUAUCAGUUCAGAGAUACAUUAGCAAGAGAACACUAUAAUUUGGAUCUUUAGACUGUCAUGUUCUGGCCCAUAGCCAAUCCAGCUGGUGAACAUAUUGAGCCCCCUUUUCUCCAAAAGCCAUUCUUAAGUUUUCCCUCUACCCAUAGUCUUUAAAACUGACGUUAACACUACUUAUUAGAGUUAUUAAUCUACUUUUUUUCUAUCAGAUAAGAAUGCAACAAACUUUCCAAUAUUUUUUUUCCUACUGAAUGAAUACUAAAGCGAACCAUUCUGCUGGUGUUUCAGAUGUCUUGGACUGUAACCGUCAGGCUGACAUACGAGGGAAUGUGCCAAAGCAACUAUCUUCAUCCGCAAAAGUACUAUAUCCAUUUCUCUUCUUUCGUCAGUGGAACACCUCAAAAGAGGGAAAAAAGAAAAAAAAUACUAGGGAAGAAUGUCGACCGCUGCACAAGGCUCACAUAAACUGAUACUUCAACGUGCCUACAUUUGUUACAGCCUUCUUAGUGUAACCAUGCACACUAUCAUUUUUUAUUUAAUGUAUUGGUAUUUAAUAUGCAGUGUAUGCACUUUCUAAAAAGAGGAAAAAAACAUGUAUGUUUAGGUUUUCAUUUAAUGCCUCUUGACUUGGUAUCAAAGUUAACAGUUAAAAAAACAAAAACAAAUGUACAUUACAUUUUGAGUUUUUUGUCUUAUUCUGUGUAUUUUUUGUUGUUUGUUUUUUUUCUGCCUGCAACCAUACAUAUUGACAGCAAUGUACCACUGAGUACAUUGUCACAUCUUUUACUGGUGAACUAUGAGGUAAUGUUAUGUGCAUUGAUAACCUGCCUUUCUGAAGACCCAAGAAUCUAUAUUGCGCUCCCUCGGUGUACUAAAACAUAUGUUGUGUGUAAUGUUAAUAGCAAUGGCAAUUUAUUCUGCAAGUGUAAUCAACCAUAUUUAUUUUUUUGGAGAAAAGCCACUUUCAUUUCUGUUGUAUGCUUAUACCAUGGUGCUGUGUUCAGAGAUUGCCUGUAGUCAUUUGGACAACCCCUUGGGAUGGUCUUUUUUACUGUUUGUUUGUUUAUUUGUUAUAUUAUGUGUAUUGUUGUAUUAAAAAAAAAUGCCAUAGGGAGCGAGUUCUGUGGAAACUGAAGCCCAGAUUAUUUCAUUUUGUCCCUGUGGGACUUUUUUUCUUUCCAUUUACUUUUUUUAUGUUUCCUUUAUGUUGUGAACAUUUCAAUGGCUUAUUUAAACAACCAACAGUGUAAUGUUUUAUGGCAGACUCAUGGUGCUACAUGCAAAUGUUCUCGAGUGAUGAAAGCAACAGUUCCCAUGCUUUACAGUGUUUUCUAAUUGCAUGUGAUAUGAGUGCAUCUUCAAUGUGAGGCUGGUUGAUGCACCUCUUCAACCAGUUGACUUUCCUGUUAACACAAAACACACAAAUUGAUUACAAACAGGAAAAUUGUUGUGCUGAAUCACACAGAACAGUGUUGCGUUGACAUCGCAUUGACAUUUGAACAAAGAUAUCAAACUAUUGGAAAAUGUUGUCGCCGUUGCAAAGUCACAUCACAUGCAGUUAGGACGCUAUUACAAACAGGAAACAUUAUGUUCCUAGCAGUGUACACCUCAAGGUUCAGGCUGUGACUCUCAUAUCCUUGUAUGUUCAUUUAUUUUCGAUAAUAAUGGCAUAUCUUAUUUUUUUUCAGUGUUUAAAAUAACUGAAGGUUUUGCAAAAGGCUGACUCCUCACCAACCACACCAACCAACCAGUAUACUUUAAAUAAUAUUAUGGGGUUUUUGGAAGAAUUGUUUGAAAUGUAUACUCGUUGAGCCAAAGUUGAAACACAACAAGGGAAGAAGGGGGAGGGGGAUAAAGUAUUGGUUUCAGAGGGCCUAAAGAGAUAGCCCCGAAGCGCUAGCUUUUCAACAAGGGAGGAGGAUGGGGGGGAGGGGCUGGCACUCGGACUGGGUGGCGAGGGAUUUCAAACAUCUGUUUCUGAUGGCUUGGGCCGAGGCCGUUUGAGCGUUUGUGUGUAAUGUCAUAUUUGCGCUGGCUUUUCACAUUGUUAGCAGCGAGGCUUUCUCGAAGAAUAAAAAUGUGUCAAGAGCAAAAUCUGAAAACACAAGUGUACAUGACAGGACUAUUCCUAGCUUGGGACUUUCUCAAACAAGGCCUCUGCUUUGAAGGUUGAAAAAAAAGAAGGCAUACUCUCUGAAGAUCUACCCUGGACAGUAUUCAAAAAAACAUUUGCCAUCUGGUAACCUGUCAUGGGUGUCUUUCUCUGUCUCCUUCCCAGCAUCUGUUAUAUUUUGGAUCUCAAUGAAAAGAAAUUGAUUGUAAAUAGCUUACCGUGUACAUUGAUCCCUCAUUUUGAAAUUUUAUUUCUUAUAUUAAGCUGAAAUUUCCGACGUAUAUUAAAAGUGCUUAAUAAAUCAUAUUUGCUUUA